GUGGCAACUCCGUGGGCUGUAAUCGCCCGCAAUGAGCAGGCAAGAUGGCCCGCAAUUGGUCAUGGUGCACGGCAUGGAGUAUGCGGGAGAGGAGCAGGACAGUUUGAAGUACCCUGUUUAUGACCAUCAGUACAUGCAGCCACCUGCCGUGUCCCCAAACCCCAAGUCUUCCUCCACUAUAACGUCAAGCCAUGAGUUUCAUCAGUCACGCAAGUCCGAUCUGCCAUUCGAAAUGCGUACCUGGGUUUUUGCAAUGCUAGCAGUCUUGCUCGGGGCUCUCAUUGGCGGCUCAAUUGUAGGCGGGGUGUUGGGAUCCAUGCUCGUCAACCGACCUCCCCUCUCAGUCUUACCCGCAGCGAACGAUUCAACCGUCGCCACAACACCACAAGCAUCGCCAACGCCGGAGCCCACUACAAAAGAUCCAAGUACCAACACUUCAUCGUCAUCUUCACAACCGUCGUCAAGCCAGCAGUCCGCAAAACUUCUCGUGGACUACGUGGGACCUUCGCGAACCCAAAUCCAAACAUUGAUGCUGCCGUGUCCUGAUAUGCACCAGGACCGUUAUAGGAGUUUCAACGAUCGGAGGUUCGAUCUGCAAUGUUAUAUCAACAACUAUGGCAUGGGGACGAACGGGUACGACAUGGUAGACAUCACCGCAAUCAUGACCUACAGGUGGCAAGACUGCUUUGAUGCCUGUGCCAGCCACAACAAACUCCAAAGUGGCUUGCCGAGUCACUUGAUAUGCAGGUCGGUCGUGUAUACAGCGGAUCCCAACUUGGGACCCAUCACGCUUCAGGGCGGCAAUUGCUUUUUGAAGAAUUCGACAAGGCACGCAAGCAACCCCGGAGUUGGAAAUGGGUUAAACGUGUUUAGUGCUGAUCUUGAUUUGAUAGCCGGUGAAGCAGUGUAAAAAUGUAGUCACCG